GUUCCAAGACAUUUUGUAUUCAAACAACUGGUCAGGCUCACUUACUCAUGGAACAAUGCCCAAUUGGUCAUUUCUAAUUUGUAGAAGAUAUACUGAGUUUUGAUAUAUAAAAUGAGAGAAGCAUCAAAGCCUUUAAGCAAUUACUAGCCAAAGUUAUACAAAUUUUUAAGCACAUAAUUCACUUUAUCUGUCACUGUAAGCUCUAGUCUGAUCAGAAGCAUUAAUGCUCAUUUCCCCAUUCAUGUUGCAUCAUUGCAUGUUGCUGCACUUGUCUGGGAGCUCCGGCCCUCAAGUCUAAGCCUCAUAAAUGCUGCUUUUCUUCUUGCCCUAUAAAAUGCUUGAGUCUCCUGUGCACAUUUCCAAGUGAACCUCUCAUCUAAUCCUUCUUCUUCUUCUUCAUAAAUAUUAGCACGCCAUCCAAGCUAGCAAUUGGCCUUCACUAUCUCCUUUUUCAUCUCUUAGUUGUUUUCCCAAUGUUGAAAGAGAGGCUUUCUGGGCUAGUGAACAUUUCAUUCAAGUGUAAAGUGGUGGUUUCUCUGUGCUUUUUUGCCAUGUUUGGUGCUAUUGGAACUGAGGUUUUGAUUAGAGCCUUGAAGAGAGGUCUCUAUGCUUCAUUCACCUGCAUUUUUGCAUUAGGAGGGGCAAUAGUUGGAACAAUAGUGGGAGCCAUGAAAGGCCAAACAACUGAAACUGGGUUCCUUCAUGGAUCUGGAAUAGGUGCAGUGGCAGGUGCCAUUACAGCUGUGCAGUUGCUAGAAUCAGCAGCUGAUGGAGAGUCAUUGUCCAAGCUAGCACUCUUAACCAGCUUAAUGAAUGGCAAGGUUUUCAUGGAAUGGGUAAGUCCUGCAAUGCUCAAAGCCUAUCAGUGGCAAAUUAGCUCAUUGGAAACCACUUACAGAGAGAUUUCUGAUGUUUAUGAUGUCAAUGAAGUUAAUGGACUGUCCAGAGAUUCAAUUCAAAGGCUUCCUGAAUUUACAGUUAAUUCUGACAUAGUAGUCCAAAUUUGCCAGGAACUUUGUUGCUCAAUUUGCUUACAGGAUUUCUCGGAGGGGGAUUCUGCAAGAAAGCUUCCUCAUUGUGGACACUGUUUUCAUUUGGAGUGCAUCGAUCAAUGGCUAAUUAGAAAUGGCAAUUGCCCUGUGUGUAGAGAAAGUGUUUUGUAAAGAUAUAACAUAUUUGUAAUUGUAGACAAGUUAACUCACUCAUCUGAUCAAUUGAAAUCUAAAUGUUGGAAGAGUA